GCUCUGGCUCUCUAUCCUACUCUGCUUUGUAAAAUGGCAGCCAUAGCCACUACACACCUCUGCUUCAUCCCCCGAAAUCCCACAAAUAUCCUUCAAUUUCACUCGCUCUCAAAGUCCACUCUAUUUAUUCCGAAUAUCUAUGCGUCCGCCUCCAUCGCAAGAUUCUCGUCCUCAGUUUCUCCUUUCAAAUCCAACAAUGUGAAGCCUCUCGACCGACUCUGUCGCCUCACCUGCAACACUACUUCCUCCACAGUCUCCGCGACUACUAAGAAUUACGAGUUUUCUGAUGGUUCAUAUGAGGUGGAAUUAAGAUUACCACUUGGGAACUUAGACAUUCAUAGUUCAAAAGAUAUAUACGUGGACGCAGAUGGCACAUCUUUAACAGUCAGAGUUCAACGCCAUGGGUCUUUCAUUACACUUAUAGAAACUAAUAAUCUCUUCGACAAAAUAAAGCCUGCAGAAACAAUAUGGUAUAUAGAUGAAGAUCAACUUGUUAUUAACUUGAAGAAGCAAGAUCCAGAACUGAAAUGGCCUGACAUUGUAGAAUCAUGGGAGUCCUUGACAGCUGGAGGUAUUCAAUUAUUGAAAGGAACUUCUAUCUACAUUGUUGGAGACUCAACUGAAGUUAACCAAAAUGUGGCUCAAGAACUUGCACUUGGUCUUGGGUAUACACCACUCAAUACAAAAGAGUUGCUGGAAACAUUCACCAAGCAAACUGUCGAUUCUUGGUUGCUUGCUGAAGGAUUUGAUUCUGUUGCAGAAGCAGAAGGUGCUGUCUUAGAAAGCCUUAGCAGUCAUGUACGGGCUGUCGUUGCAACAUUAGGAGGACAACAAGGAGUUGCCAGAAGAGCAGAUAAAUGGCGGCAUCUUUAUGCAGGAUUUACUGUCUGGCUGUCUCAAACUGAAGCUAUGGAUGAGGAUUCAGCAAAGGAAGAGGCCAGGAGACACAUUCAAGAUGGUAAUCUAGCUUAUUCAAAGGCAGAUGUUGUCGUCAAGCUCCAGGGUUGGGAUGCUGACCAUGCCAGAAGUGUAGCUCAGGCCUCCUUGCAUGCCCUCAAACAGUUGAUUUUGUCAGACAAGAAACUUCCAGGAAAGAAGAGCCUCUAUAUAAGAUUGGGUUGUCGUGGCGAUUGGCCGAACAUCAAGCCUCCAGGUUGGGAUCCAUCAGCUGAGGCCCAUGCAUCUGCUACUACGUAGCAAAGUUAAGCCCUUUACUCUUUAGGUGAUUGGCAAUUUUUGUAGUAACAUACUAAAUGUAAAGAUAAACUCUUUAAACUUGAUUGGAGAUCAAAAAAUUCUCUCACAAUGGCAUAUUCUUCUGUGGCUUCGAUUCCAUGUCCUUA